AAGGUAAAGAGAAAGUGCUUUCAUUUUCAUUCAUUCAUUCAUUCAUAUAUUUGUGAUCUGCAUCAUCAUUUUCCCUUUGUUAUGCUUCAGACAACAAUCACAUACAUUCCUAAGUACCACCUUCAACCUUCGAUUUUGUUUUUGUUUUUCACACAGUGAGUGAGCUGCCACGUCAGCAUCACAGCUUCACCACCAAAUCCCAAAGCAAAGUUUUCAUUUUUCUUCAAAUCAUUUAUCCCAUUGCUUUAAGAUUCUGCUCCGAUCGUUGGCUUUUGUUUCUUUGUAGAGAGAGAGAGAGAGAGAGAGAGAGAGAGAUGGGGAAUUCAUUUGGGUGCUCGGCUUCCGGCGAGAGGUUGGUGUCGGCGGCGAGGGAUGGCGAUUUGGUGGAGGCGAAGAUGCUUCUGCAAUUCAACCCUUGUCUUGCUAAGUACUCUACCUUCGGUGGCCUCAAUUCUCCUCUUCAUUUUGCAGCUUCCAAGGGCCAUAACGAGAUUGUGGCAUUGUUGCUUGAAAAUGGAGCUGAUGUGAAUUUGAGAAAUUAUUGUGGGCAGACUGCUUUGAUGCAAGCUUGUAGAUAUGGUCAUUGGGAAGUUGUACAAACCCUUCUGCUCUUCAGAUGCAAUGUUAUGAAAGCAGAUUAUCUCAGUGGGAGGACAGCUCUUCACUUUGCAGCUGCCAAUGGGCAUGCAAGAUGCAUUAGACUUGUUGUGGCUGACUUUAUUCCAAGUGCUCCUUAUGAAGCUUUACCUGCUAGUAUGGAUGCUGAGGGUACUGGAUCAAAUACGAAAAGCAAACAUGGACAAAGUGGGCUGUCCAAGUUUGUAAACAAGACAGCUGAUGCUGGUAUUACUGCCCUUCACUUGGCUGCAUUAGAUGGGUAUUUUGAUUGUGUACAACUGCUACUUGAUCUUAAUGCAAAUGUGUCAGCUGCGACAUUUCAUUAUGGAACUUCAACGGAUUUGAUAGGGGCUGGAAGUACUCCGUUGCAUUAUGCUGCUUGUGGAGGCAAUUUAAAAUGCUGUCAGAUCCUCCUUGCAAGAGGUGCCAGUCGAAUGACUUUGAAUUGCAAUGGGUUGCUUCCACUUGAUGUUGCUAGGAUGUGGGGGCGUCAUUGGCUUGAACCACUGCUGGCACCCAGUUCUGAUGCCAUAAUAUCGACAUUCCCAUCUUCAAAUUAUUUGUCCUUGCCAUUGAUGAGUGUGCUUAACAUAGCCAGAGAGUGUGGAUUGCAAUCAACUACAACCUCCUCUAAUGAAAUUGAUGUUUGUGCUGUCUGCCUUGAGAGACCAUGUUCAGUGGCUGCAGAAGGAUGUAAGCAUGAGCUAUGUGUAAGAUGCGCGCUCUAUCUUUGCUCAACAAGCAAUGUUUCCUCAGAAAUGCUUGGCCCUCCUGGCUCUAUCCCUUGCCCCCUUUGCAGACAUGGAAUUGUCUCUUUCAUCAAAUUACCGGGUUCCCGAGCAAAAGAAAAUAAAUUACCUGUCACUCUCAGCCUCUGUACCCCGUGCAUGCUACAUCCACGUUACCUAGAUCGACCACCCAUUUCUCGUGCAUCAGAAAUUAGAAGAAACCGUGUGGCUUCUGUUCCUUCAGAGAUGCUUUGUCCUGUCACUUGUACUCCAUUUCCAUCCGUUGCACUUCCUCUAUGUACAUGCAAUGAUGGUCCUUGUCCAUCAUUUGAACCACAGGAAGCAGAAACACAAGAUGAAUCACCUCGUCACUCCCAAGCAUCGACCAUGGAUCAGGAUAAAACAGAAGGUCCAAGACCGGAGAAAACAACAUGUUCAAGCAUGUUUUGGGGUAGAAGAAGUUGCAGCAGAGAGCAUCAAUGCAAUUCAGAAAUAAAUGCUUGAUUCAAUAGAUGGUAUUAUGGCCGUUCUUAUUUUGUGGAUGCUUAAUACUAUUCUAUAUCAACAAAACAGUCCAUAGUUGUGUCUAAACCAGCCUCCAGUAGUGAAAUCCAGUGGAUCUUUAUCAACAAGAAAGAAUUGUUUUGCUGCACAGGCUGCAUAUGAGGUGAUAGAUAAUUUUUUAUUUAUUUUUAUUUUUAUUUUUUUUACAUUUCUGCAUUCCACCAUCAUCAUAGUUCCUAGUUAUGAUGAUAUUUAGAAAGGGUUAGUAAAAUUAGUUAUGAACAGGUUGUUCUUUGUAAUAGAUUGCAAUUGGAUAUCAUUUUUAUCAUAGAGAAGGUGUUUUUUUCAACAGGGAUAAAAAGGAAGAAGCAUAUACCUUAUUGUUUUUGUAGAUAGGAGGUUGUGUAUAGUAGAUUAUGUUUGUAAUGAAUUUUAUAGAUUUAUGAAGAACAACUUUGAGAACGGAAAAAGCUUGUUUAUACAUUUGUAUUGCCCUUUUUGU